AUGCACGCUAUGGGUGACCCCGCUGCUCUAGCAGGAAUGUUACCCUUCGACUCUAUCGGAUUGUAUGAACAACCGAAACAGCGUUUUAUAUUUAAGAUGCCGCGAGUUGUUCCCGAUCAGAAGAGUAAAUUUGAAACCGAGGAUCUGUUUAAAAGACUUAGUAGGGAGAGCGAGGUGAGGUACACCGGGUACCGAGAUCGUCCGCCUGAAGAGCGUCAGAUGAGGUUCACCAGCGGCUGUCGGGAAGGACACACGGAGAUCGCCUUCACAGCCACGGGAACAAACUUACAGCUAGUGUUCGAUCACUCGCCCUACAACAAUAGGGGAUGCGACUUCCAGAAGGAAACCGGCAAGGCCCAUAUCGUGUCUCGAUUCAUAAUGAAUGGAGUCUGUGUGAGGUGGCGGGGUUGGAUCGAUCUGGAACGUUUGGAUGGAGUCGGCUGUCUGGAAUUAGAUGAAGAACGAGCGGCGAUUGAGGACGCAGCUUUACGAGACCAGAUAGAGAGAUACAACCAGAGAUUGAGGGAUUUCGAGGACAAGCAGCGGGCUUAUCGCGAACAUGGCGAGGAAUUGCGCGCGCAUUCCCAAGUCCAUGCUCAGCGCUGUCACCAGGCACGCCAGCCUCCACACCCCACACACCCGGCACAUCCUCACGCUACACAUCCAGUACACAUCAAACCACAUUCCCAAGGUGCCCUCAUCUCGUAA